GCUGCCGUCAUGCCUUCAAACACCGCCGCCAGCAUGUUCGGUGGGGCCGGGGGAAGGGGCUCCAGGGCGUCCGUGGCGAGCCUGCAGGGGCUGCGCAACGUCCUGCGCAACGAGCCGGACGGAGACGCCGCUCCGGCGACAUCUGCAGCUCCCCCAGCUCCCGCGUCCCCCGCCGCUGCUCCCGCCGCCCCCGCGGACGACAAGCAGACCCUGCGGGGUCUGAACGAUCGACUGUCCGGCUACCUGGACCGGGUGAAGCAGCUGAAGGAGGAGAACGACAACCUGGAGAAACAGAUCGAUGAGAUUUUGGCCAAAAAGAGGACAACCGAGGGCCGCGACUGGGAUGAGACGGAGAAACCCCUGGAUGAGCUCAAGAACAAGAUAAAAGACAUCGCCCUGGACAAUGCCAAGCUGCUCCUUCAGAUUGACAACACCAAACUGGCCAAUGAUGACUUCAAAAACAAGGAGGACGAUGAGAAAAAGGCCCGGAAGGAAUUGGAAAAUGACCUGGAGGUUCUGAAGAAGGCCGCUGAGGAAUCCAAGCGUAACUGUGAGCAGACAAAGAAGGAGAUGGACUUGGUGAAGGAAGAGCUUGCUCGCAUCAAACGGGAACACAAGGAUGAUGUGGACGCCCUGCGUGAUAAGAUCAGGGAGUCCCAGGUGACGGUGGAGGUUGAUUCCCAGAAUUCCAACCUGGGCCAGAUACUCAACAGGAUCCGUGGCCAGUAUGAUAAAGUAGCCCAGAAGAACCUGAAGGAGACGGAUGAGUGGUACCAGAGCAAGUUUGAAAACAUCAAGGUGGUCGAGUCCCAAAACGUUGAGGUCUUGCAUUCUGUGAAGACAGAGAUCAAGGAGCAGCUCAAACAGAAACAGAUUCUGGAAAUUAGGAUCCAGACUUUGCAGAGCACGGUCCGAAACCUCGAGGAAUCCCUGAGGAUCACCCAGACCGAGUACGGCCGACGACUGUCGCCUCUCAACGGGGCGAUAAUGGACCGGGCAGCGGAGCUGGAGAAGGUGAGGUCACAGGUGGAGCACAAGGUGGAGACCAACAGGAACCUGCUGUGUGUCAAGAUGAAGCUGGAGUCCGAGAUCAACAACUACCAGCAGCUGAUACUCGGCAUGACCGCCGACACUGAAAGCAGCCCCCCUAACAAAUCCACCCCCCCUGAAGAUGACCCUGCUGAAGCAGUGGAGGAAGGAAACCCCAUCAAGGCCGAGGAAAAACGGCGCCACCAAAAAGAAGAAAAGCAAGAGCAAAUCUAAGGAGGGCUCAUCUUCCUCCUCCUCAUCAUCAUCUUCUUCUUCCUCCUCUAGGACCGAGAAAGAAGAUGAAAAGCCCAAGAGUGAGGGUGAAGUCGCCAAAGCUUGAUCUAAAAUCUGCUCUGGUCUUUUCUGUCACUCAGCCAAGUGACAUAUUAAACUAUGACCUAUUGAUGCUGCCAAACCUGAAAUGCUGUGAUGUCGUUAAGCUGCAUGUCUCUCAGAUGUCAGAAAAUAAAUACAUUUGACUUCAAAA